AUGAUGCAGAGCAAGCGGAUGACGAACCAACUCCUGCCCGUACUGGUGUUGGCCUGCGCCGGGAUAUUUCUGGGAUCGACGGUGGCGGACGAGGAGCUUACCAUGACCCUGGACGAAGUAGUGGAGCUGAUUCAGCCCUUCGGCGAGGGCUGUAAUCCUGUGCCAGAAAAGGAACACAUUGUGGAAAUGGUGCUGAACAAGGAGGAUGCCAAGAGGGAGUCCAAGUGCUUCCGCCACUGCAUGCUGGAACAGUUCGAGCUGAUGCCCGAGGGCCAGUUGCAGUUCAACGAAGACAAGACCGUCGAGAUGAUGAACAUGAUGUUCCCCGACAACGAGGAGGAUUCCCGGCGCAUCAUCAAGACCUGCAAUGAUCGUUUCAAGGCGGAGACCGACAAGUGCGAUGCCGCCCAUGGGAUCUCCAUGUGUAUGCUGAAGGAUAUGCGCGCCUCCGGCUUCAAGGUUCCGGAAAUAAAGGAGUAGCGAGAUCACAGAGUUGAUCUCCUCCCGUUCCCACAUGCGCCUGUUCUCCAUUUAAUUUUUUUUUUUGUGUGUGUGAUAGAUUUCAAUUUAAGAAGAGACGGCUUCAGGGCAUCGUGUGGUUCCCAAAACAAAUAAAGUGCCCAGACCGAGAAGUGUAA